CCAACAAGAAAAACCCACCGCGGCAGUGGAAGAAAACAAACAGUAAAAUGGUCAACGUAUUAAUCGGUUGUACUGGCAGCGUCGCCACCCUCAAACUACCCAAUUUAAUUCAAGAAAUAUUAAGGGAAAUUCACGGUUCUAAGAUAAGGGUUGUUGUAACUGAACACUCCAAACACUUUUUUGACCCCAAAGACCUCCCCGAGGAAAUCGACAUUUUUAACGAUAAAGACGAGUGGAACAGUUGGCAAAAACGCGGGGAUGAAGUGUUGCACAUUGAGCUGGGAAAGUGGGCCGAUGUGUUCCUGAUUGCCCCGUUAGACGCCAAUUGUUUAGGAAAAUUGACUUCUGGAAUUUGUGAUAAUUUGCUGCUCUGCACAGCAAGGGCUUGGGAACUGGGAAAACCCUUGCUGUUCUGUCCAGCAAUGAACACGAAAAUGUACAACCAUCCCCUAACGGCCGCUCAAAUUUCGACAUUAAAAAGUUGGGGCUAUACGGAGAUUCCUGCCAUAGCAAAAACGUUGAUCUGUGGGGAUACGGGGUUAGGUGCUAUGGCCGAAGUAGCUGAUAUAGUUUGUGCGGUUAAAAGUGUCUUGGAACGUGUUUAGUUUGGUUUUUUUAAUAAAUAAUUUGUUAGUUUAA